AUGGCCACCAUGUUCCCCGAGCCUUGCAAGGGUGUUCAGCAGCUGCGCCACCGUCACCUACGUCGUCCGCGAGGAACAAUUCGAGCUGGAGCGCUCUACCUCAUCCCCAGCAUCUUCGUCUUCCUCUUCUUCCGCCGACGCUGUCCUGGCAACCUCGACUCUUCCCCGGGCCUUUCCUGCAAUGGCAGUGAGCCACCUCCCCUCCUCUCCUUUAGCUCUCCCGCACGCCGUAGAUCGCUCCCGCCGUCGCGCCUGAGCUCCGAGGAGCUCCCGGUUGCCGCACCCUGCCUUCCCCGCGCUGCUGCUGGCCCUCCGCGCGUGCCCUGUCUCCGCCUCGACCCGUUCCCGCUGCGCCUACCUUGGCCGGCCGCCACAUCGCCGUGCCCGCAUGCUCAGACCACUGCCCCCGCUCGCAUUGCUGCCCCUACCGUGUCGUCUCCUACCCCGUCCAGGCACGACUACAAGCCCGUACCGGCCGCUGCGGCGUUUCCGCCAUGGCCUCCGCCCCGUUCACCGUGGCGGCUGUGCCUCACCGCUGCUCGCCCCCCCCGUCGGCGUGUGCCCCCGUUCCCCACUGCUCCGCCCGCACCGGCCGCGGCCGCCCUCACCCGUAGCCACGGCGCCCGACCGCGCCCGCUCCCCCCAUCUCCGUUGCCUCCCGCUCGCUCGUCGGUGGCGACCCACGCCCCGCCUCUCCUCCACGCGGCCUGCCCGUGCCCACCGCCGGAGCUCCACCCCGGCGCCGCUCGCCGCACGCCCCCCCCCCCACCGGCUGCUGCUGCUGGCCAUGGCUUUGGCCAUGGCUGA